CAACCCGCUAGCGACUCAACAUAAACGCUCGUUUAUACACUUACAUCACUAUUAUAGCAGUUUAUUUCUUUUUCCAAACCCAACCCGCUAAUAUAAUCACAAAAACAGAGUCAUGUCCUUAAAUAAAUAAACUCGAGCGGAGGAGGGACGUGAAGGAUCUGUAUUGAGCGGAGCUGCACUGACUGGCGCAGAUAGGGACAAAUUGGCGCCAUUUUGAAGCCGACAGGAGGAUCACAGUGGUGGGAGAAGCGAGUGGAGCGCGCACUUUUCCCAAUAAGCAAGCACUGAUUGGAGAGCAUGGCUCACUCCAAGAAUCGAGCCACAGACGGCAAAAUCACCUACCCGCCGGGGGUGAAGGAGAUCUCCGAUAAGAUCUCCAAGGAGGAGAUGGUUCGGAGACUGAAGAUGGUGGUGAAAACCUUCAUGGACAUGGACCAGGACUCAGAGGAGGAGAAGGAACUCUAUCUGAACUUGGCCUUGCAUCUCGCCUCGGAUUUUUUCCUCAAACACCCAGACAAAGAUGUCAGACUACUUGUGGCCUGCUGUCUUGCAGAUAUAUUUCGCAUCUAUGCCCCUGAGGCACCGUACACAUCACCUGAUAAACUUAAGGAUAUUUUCAUGUUCAUAACUCGACAGCUGAAAGGGUUGGAAGACACCAAGAGUGCCCAGUUUAAUCGAUAUUUUUAUCUGCUGGAGAACAUCGCUUGGGUGAAGUCCUACAACAUCUGCUUUGAAUUGGAGGACAGCAAUGAGAUCUUUACUCAGCUCUACAGAACUCUGUUCCAAGUGAUCAACAAUGGACACAACCAGAAAGUGCACAUGCAUAUGGUGGAUCUCAUGAGCUCAAUUGUUUGUGAAGGCGACUCUGUCUCACAGGAACUCCUGGAUACUGUUCUGGUUAACCUCCAUCUUGUCUUUCAGAACCUCAACAAGCAAGCGUACGAUCUGGCCAAAGCCUUGCUGAAGAGAACCGCUCAGGCCAUAGAGCCGUACAUUACAAACUUCUUUAACCAGGUGCUGAUGCUGGGGAAGACUUCAGUCAGUGAUCUGUCAGAACAUGUCUUUGACCUAAUCCUGGAGCUCUAUAACAUCGACAGCCAUCUACUGUUGUCCGUCCUGCCGCAGCUGGAGUUCAAGCUCAAGAGCAAUGAUAACGAUGAGCGCCUGCAAGUUGUGAAGCUCCUGGCCAAGAUGUUUGGUGCAAAGGAUUCAGAGCUCGCUUCACAGAACAAACCUCUCUGGCAGUGCUACCUUGGGAGGUUUAAUGACAUCCAUGUCCCUGUUCGACUGGAAUGUGUAAAGUUUGCCAGCCAUUGCUUGAUGAACCAUCCAGACCUGGCAAAAGAUCUCACAGAGUAUUUGAAAGUAAGGUCACAUGACCCAGAGGAGGCAAUUCGACACGACGUCAUUGUGUCCAUUGUGACAGCUUCCAAAAAGGACCUCUCUCUCGUCAAUGAUCACCUGCCAGGAAUAAUCUCUUCCCGUCGUGUUAUCUUGCAGUGGCGGGUCCGAAAGGAGGCUAUGAUGGGUCUGGCUCAGAUCUAUAAGAAGUACGCCUUACAGGCGGAGGCAGGCAAAGAAGCAGCCAAGCAGAUCUCCUGGAUCAAAGACAAACUGCUUCACAUUUACUACCAGAACAGCAUCGACGACCGGUUGCUUGUGGAGAGGAUCUUUGCCCAAUAUCUUGUGCCUCACAAUCUAGAGACUACAGAGCGAAUGAAGUGUCUGUAUUACUUGUACGCCACAUUGGAUGGAAAUGCUGUCAAAGCUCUGAAUGAAAUGUGGAAGUGUCAGAACAUGCUGAGACACAACGUCAAAGAUCUUCUGGAUCUUAUAAAACAGCCAAAAUCUGACAGUUACAACAAGGCUGUAUUCUCAAAGGUCAUGGUUAUCACAAGAAACCUGCCAGACCCAGGCAAGACACAGGACUUUGUGAAGAAGCUCGCUCAGGUUCUUGAGGAGGACGAGAAGAUCAGAAAGCAACUGGAGACUCUUGUGAGCCCGUCCUGUUCGUGUAAGCAGGCCGAAGUCUGUGUGAAAGAAAUCACCAAAAAACAGGGCAGCCCCAAACAACCCAGCAAUCCUUUCCUGGAGAUGGUGAAGUUUUUAUUGGAGAGGAUAGCACCUGUUCAUAUCGACACAGAAUCCAUCAGUGCACUUAUCAAACAGGUAAACAAAUCUAUAGAAGGAACUGCUGAUGAUGAAGAUGAAGGAGUCCCGACCGAGCAAGCGAUCAGAGCUGGCCUGGAGCUGCUGAAGGUCCUGUCCUUCACCCACCCUGUGUCAUUCCACUCUGCCGAGACCUUUGAGUCUUUGCUGGGAUGUCUGAAAAUGGAAGAUGAGAAGGUUGCAGAGGCUGCGCUGCAAAUCUUCAAAAACACUGGCAACAAACUGGAGGAGAGCUUCCCACACAUCAAAUCAGUCCUUUUACCAGUACUGCAGCACAAAGCAAAGAAGGGUUCUCCUCGCCAGGCCAAAUAUGCCAUCCAUUGCAUCCAUGCCAUGUUCUCCAACAGAGACACACACUUCGCACAGAUAUUUGAGCCUCUGCAUAAGAGUCUAGACACAGACAACAUGGAACAGCUCAUCACCCCUUUAACGACACUGGGACACCUGGCCAUGCUGGCCCCGGAACAGUUUGCAGCUCCGCUCAAAUCUUUAGUGGCCAAUUUCAUUGUUAAAGACCUGCUAAUGAACGACCGGAUUCCUGGCAAGAAAACCACCAAGCUGUGGGUCCCGGAUGAUGAAGUCUCUCCUGAAACAUUGGCUAAGAUUCAGGGUCUGAAACUGAUGGUCAGAUGGCUGCUCGGCGUGAAGAACAACCAGAGUAAAUCUGGCAACUCCACUCUGAGAAUGCUGACGGCUAUCCUGAGCAGCGACGGUGAUCUGACGGAGCAGGGCAAGAUUGGUAAGCCAGACAUGUCUCGUCUGCGGCUGGCAGCCGGCUGUGCCAUUCUUCGUCUCUCUCAGGAGCCGUGCUACCAUGAGAUCAUCGCCCUGGAGCAGUACCAGCUCUGCGCCCUCGUCAUCAACGACGAGUGCUACCAGGUGCGACAGGCCUUCGCCCAGAAGCUACACAAAGGUCUGUGCAGAUUGCGUCUGCCACUGGAGUACCUGGCUGUGUUCACGUUGUGUGCCAAAGACCCGGUGAAGGAACGCAGGGCGCACGCCCGCCAAUGCCUGGUCAAAAACAUCAACCUGCGCAGGGAAUACCUGAAACAGCAUGCAGCAGUCAGCGAAAAGCUGAUAUCGCUCCUGCCGGAGUAUGUGGUGCCAUAUGCAAUUCACCUUUUGGUCCACGACCCAGACUACGUGAAAGUCCAGGACAUCGAGCAGCUCAAAGACAUCAAAGAAGCUUUGUGGUUUGUUUUGGAGAUCCUAAUGGCCAAAAAUGAAAACAACAGCCAUGCGUUCAUCAGGAAAAUGGUGGAAAACAUAAAGCAGACAAAAGAUGGACAGUGUCCGGAUGAUCCCAAGAUUAAUGAGAAAUUGUACACAGUGUGUGAUGUAGCCAUGAACAUCGUCAUCUCCAAGAGUACCACAUACAGUCUAGAGUCGCCUAAAGAUCCCGUACUGCCUGCGCGCUACUUCACACAACCGGACAAGAAUUUCAGUAACACGAAAAACUAUCUGCCUCCUGAGAUGAAGUCAUUCUUUACCCCAGGAAAGCCUAAGGCGGCAAACGUGCUGGGCGCUGUGAACAAGCCCCUGUCCGCCACAGGAAAACUGCAGACCAAACUCUCACGCAUGGAGACCAUCAGCAAUGCCAGCAGUAACUCCAACCCCAGCUCCCCUGGCCGCAGUAAAGGACGGUUAGUGUCACAAACUCACAUACAUGUGAUGCAGUUUUCAAUGAAGAGCCCAUCUGAGACAGAAAAGCCCAGCAGGGGGCGCAAGCGGGGUGCUGCAGCCAACCAGGACGACAAGGUUCAGGAGUCCAAGCCCAAGCGGGGCCAGAAGAAAGCUGCCAACACGAGCACUGACGAUGCCGAGGACCAGUGGGGUGAAGACAGCAGCAUGGCAGAGGCCUCCAUGGAGACCGAAGACGAACAGAACAGUCCGCCCAAGAGAGGCCGACGAGGACGGCCCCCCAAAUCAGCAGCCUCAAAGGACGAGACGCCCAGCAAGGGCAGGAGGGGUCGCAGGAAGACAGCUCCACCUGCGGAUGAAGAAAAUGAGGAAGAGCAAGAGGAAGAGGAGGACGAUGAGGAUGACGCAGGCAGUGAGAAUAUAGAGGUGAAGCCCAAAGGCAGAAGAGGACGUAAACCAAGAGGGGAGGCAGAUACCGCCAGCGAUUCUGUGGAAUCCACACCUCAGAAAAGGAGAGGACGACCUCCAAAGUCACAGACAGCAGCUAGGAAAGCCAGCGGUGGGAGAUCAAGAGCUGCUGCCAGCCAGGAAGAGGAGUCUGAAGAGGAGAUGAACACAGCCCAGCAGAGCGAGGAGGAAGAGGAUGAGCCAAUGGACUCUUCACCUAAAGUGCGACGGAAGGUGGGGAGAAGAGACCGAAGAUAAGUGCUUUCAAAGACAAAAUGCAAGAUUGAUUGGAGAUUGCUAUACUUAAGGAAAAAGUCCGAUGAACAGAGUGAACUUGUGAAAGUUUGGACUUUUUGGAGCCAUGCAUCUGCUUCAGCUGUAUUUUGCCGUCUUUUACUGCCGUAUGCUUCUGCCUCACCUAUCCACCAUGACUCGUGGUGUGUUUUCCAUUGUUAUGUGUGCCGACCAUGUGAUCUUAAUCUUAUGAGGAAGAAAGUGUAAAUAGUUUUUGGGCUCUUACUUCCCCCCCCACCCAAAGUUAGGGAGACAACUUGUAUAGCUUUUACCUCCAGCUUUAAAUAUAUUGCACCAGCUGAUCUGUCCAAGUAAAGGAAAAAAAAAAAAUCGGAACAACUUUUAGCAGUACUGUUUGUGUCCCGUGUGUCUUCUGUAUAUCAUUCUGUACUGUGCUACAUGAAUAACCAUUUUGUAGUUCCCUUUUUUAUUUGUUCGUCAUUUUAUCCUUUCCUUUUUUAACCCUUCUCAUUUGUGUAAUUCUUGUGCGCAUAUGGUUGUGCAUGUGCAAAUGUGCCUCUGCAGAUAAAAGAAACACUGGUCUGAUGAUAAAUUCACGUAUUUGUUACAUUUUACAGCCCAGUAUUGAUUUUAUCAGUGUUUGAAACAGGGAGGAGAUGGUACAGAGCAUUGGUUUUUAAUAUUGGCUGUUGGGAAACAAUUGAAGAUUCUCCCCCACCAUCCAAAUCAGUUUUUUUCAGUCUGCUGAACCAAUAAAAUAUUCUGUAUAA